AGGCGGAGCGACCGGAUGCCACAGGCCCUUGACCGGAAGCCGGUCUGUGAGGCGACGCCCCGGAGGCCCGCCCUCUGCUUCGCUUGUAGCCUAGCUUUUCGGGCGAUUUGGGGCGAUCCCAGCCAGGCUGCUGUGUUCGCUGGAGUACAGGGGGCGGUAGGCGCCCUAGGCGCUACAUGCAUUGCCUCCCCUCCUCCACUUUGUGAAGCAGAGGUGGAGGAAACACUCAAGAGACUUCAGAGCCAGAAAGGAGUGCAGGGAAUCAUCGUGGUGAACACUGAAGGCAUUCCCAUCAAGAGCACCAUGGACAAUCCCACUACUACACAAUAUGCCAACCUGAUGCACAACUUCAUCUUAAAGGCACGGAGCACUGUGCGUGAAAUUGACCCCCAGAAUGACCUAACCUUCCUUCGAAUUCGCUCCAAGAAGAAUGAAAUUAUGGUUGCACCAGAUAAAGACUAUUUCCUGAUUGUGAUUCAGAAUCCAACUGAAUAAGCCACCAUCUCAGCUUCCUAUGUCAUUCCUUAAUUUAAUGUCCCCCAGAAUAAGUGUUAAUCAUGUCAGUGGGCACAUGGUGGUUGCCUGAGAGCCCAUGUAGACCAUGCCAUUGAUCAAGGGUAGCUCUGCCCACUCCAACAAGGAAUGUCUCUGGCAUCCAGUUAGUUCCUGGGAAAGCUUGGAUCUCAUUUCCAGGCUUCAGAGUAAGAGCUUAUGAUAAGCCCACACCCAGCUUCCUUCUGACCUUCAGUUCACAGUCACUUUUGGAAAGCCUGCUUUUUUCUUUUACUAAAAAUAACUUCAAAACCUG